AUGGAGAAAUACAUUGUUUAUAAAAAAAAGUUUAAAGUCUGUGAUUAUGAUGAUGACACAAUUAAAAUUGAUUUUGAGGAAAGUAAAAUCAAAGAUAAUGGUAAUGUUAAAAAGGAGACAAUAGAGGAGAAAAACAAAAAGAAACAUAUUGGUGGAAAGGAAGCUGAUGGAACUAAACGUGCAAAUAGAAGAAAUAUAACUAAAAAAGGACAAGUGAGUCAUCAAGUCAUCAUCCCCUUUUUCGUUAUUAUUAUUAUUAUAUUUUUUUUUCUACGAGCUCUACAGAAUUGUUUUAUCUUCGUUGUAAUAUUGUAUCAUAGAUAAUGUAAUAUUAUUUAAUAUUCUUACAUAUACAUUUGUAAUAGUAUUCUUGUACUAUCUAUAUCUAUGUAUUCUAGUCACAAUUACGGUUUAAAAUAUACGUAUUACCCUUGACUACAAAUACUAAAAAAAAAUAGUGUUUAUAAUCAAUGGUAUGACGUAUGUAUAUCUUAAAUCACGGUUAUAAUUUCACAGUCCGGUUCAUACCAUAGUUCAACCAAUCAAAAUACGUAGAUGCACGGGACAUGGUAUAUUGGAAACUCGGCCAAUAUUAAUGACCACAACCAUAGUUUAAGAUUUCGAAAAAACGCGUUCACAAAGGAACUUGUUGACAGAAUGAGUAUGUUUGCGCAUGCGCGUUAAACCAAAUUCAAACGCUCGUUAUUUAAUGUUUUGGUUAUCAAUUUAAUAUUUUAUUUAAUAAAUAUAAAGACUAAAACUACCACAGUCAUUUUAACUAUGCUUCUAUUUUCCUAUUUUUCUAUUGUCAUUAUAAUGAUUUUAGAACAGUUUUAUUAGUUUCGACAAUGUGUUUUAGUUCUCAAAGAAGUUGUUUAUAGAAUAUAGGUACAAGGAAUUGUAUUUGAGUUUUCCUAUACACGUCAUGGCGUCAGUACUCGACUUGAAUAUCGAUAAUAUAAUCGAUGAAUAUGAGUUGUCUUACAAAAAUUUUAACGAUAAUUUCGUUGAAGAAAUUACACAACAUAUUAACGAGCAACUGAAAGAAUAUGAAGAAAAAAUAAAAGAACAUGUCAACAUUUUAAGUAUGUAUCUGGUGGUUUUUGUUUUAUUAUAAAAGUAAUUAUUUGAAAUGCAGUAGAUUUUUAUUUUUCACUUUUUGUAUUUUCUUAGAACAAACCACCGAUAUUAAUAAUAAAGUAUCUGAAAACCGUGAACAACUCAAAACCUUAAAUGAAAAAAUAGAAUCUACACGUCAGUUGUUGCAAACUGAACGUGAUCGCUUGGAAACUGAAGCUGGCCAUUGUAAAGAUUUAGAAGUAGAAGUAAACAAAUUGCAAGAUAUGGUUAACAAGAAUCAAAUGGAACUUACUCAAGUAUCAAAAGGUAUACUUUUAAAUAUUAAUAUUAUAGUUUGUGUUUAGUUAUUUUUUUUUUUAUCUUAUAUUUAUCUAUUUUUAUAUUGUUUUGUAGAGAGUAAAAAAUCCAUGCAAAAACUUAAGAAGGAAAUUGACUUAUUUAAAAACGGUGUGAAAAAGUUUGAGCAGUAUUUACAAUUGAGUAUGAAUAUUGAAAAUAACAAUGAACAAUUUGCUGUUGUCACUGUUUCCAUGAAAAAUACAAAGAAUCGCAGUAAUUAUAAUAUUGUUAUUGAGGACAAUAAUAACGAUUAUAAAAGUAAGUGUAUUCAUAUAAUGAUUGAUUUUAGAAUAUUCUGAAAUCAAACUUUCUAUUAAUAAUGAGAGGGGGGUCUGGAUAGUGUUUGAAUAAAAUUGUAUUAUGUAUCUUCUAUUUAAAUACAAUUUCUAUGUGGUGUAAUAUUUUGUAUAUUUUACACAUAAAAUUAUCAAAGAAAGUACUUAUUAGAGAAAUGCAUGCUACUACAAUGUAUGAUCUACAUACAUGUUUCUGUUCAGACGCAUGUUCUAAAUUUACCAUGUAUAUAUUAUGAUAAACUAUAAAUAUAAGUAAUAAUAUAGUAUGGAAAAUAUGUUAUUAGGAUUACAUACUUGUGUUGCAAUGUUUUUGUUGUGGUAACUAUUUUGUUUAUCUAUAAUUCUAUAAAUAAUAACUUGAAUGAUAACUGGUGACUGAUUUAUUUUAUUAUAUUAUUGUUAUUAUUAUUAGCCUGUUUGUAAAAAUAAAAUGAAUUAAUUUACAUUGAAACUUUAACUUAAAGAUUAUACUAUUCAAAAUAAUUUACUGUCAUUUAACAUAUUUUUACGUUUUAAGUACUUGCCUAUUUUCAACAAUUUAUUUUUUAUCCAGUUAUAGAUAUUGCACCUAGAGACGAGAAAGCUUCUAAGGCGACAGAAUUAUAUUAUCAAACUAAAGACAUCCAAGGCAUGUUAGCUUUCUUAUACAUGACUAAAGAAUAG